AUCGCGAAAACUUACACGGUUGAAAGAAAGAGAGGGCAUUCUAUCAGCCUUUUUUCCAGUGGACUUUUAUUUUCAACACUACGCUGUUUUGUUUGAUUCAUUCACAAUUCCUGCUAAAGCACCUAAAUAUAAAGGACUAAUUUACAUUAAAUAACAGAGCUAAUAGUAACAAGCUAUAAAAAAAAUCAGCCGAAGAUGCUAAAAAUUGUUUCCCAAGGAGUUUCGCAACGUAUAGUCGCUGGAUUGGUAGGCAGCGCUCAUAAUAAUUACCAACGUUUGCCACCCAGCGCAACUAAAGCCGCACAGAAAUUUAUAUCGCAAUCUUGCUGCUGCGGCCGUAAAGUUGUGGUCAAGGAUCACUAUGAGUUUGAUCAAAAGGUAAUAAAUAGCGACAACCCAGUUGUGGUAAACUUUCACGCAGAGUGGUGUGAUCCUUGCAAAAUUCUUACUCCAAAAAUGAGUGAACUUCUGGAUGAUUCGGAGGAAAUCGACUUGGCUACUAUAGAUGUGGAUUCAAAUAUGGAUUUGGUGGAAACAUUCGAAGUAAAGGCCGUACCUGCAGUGCUUGCUUUCCGAAAUGGUGUGGUUGUUGAUAAAUUCAUUGGACUAGUAGAUGCAAAUAUUAUAGAAAAAUUAAUCAACAAACUAAAACCCAAGAAAGAGCUUUAAAUCGCAACAACCAUCAUCAUUAAAAAAAAAAUAUUUUACUGUAGUUACAGUACCGAGGAAGGUACUGAAGGUUUGCUGAAAUAAUUGUAAUAGAAAUAAUUUUCCUAUGUUGAGU